CUUAGAAGUGGGCGAGUUCUGGGACAAGCUUUUCUGGGGCGCUAUGACGGCAUUUUGUGAGGCCUUCGUUCGCCCACUGUUGCCAAUUGUCAACAGUGACAGCAUACUCAGAUGAUACUGUGAUGAGGCGCAAAUUUGGUACAGGAUACGUUCCUUCCUGAGCACACUGGAUCUGAAUUCAGUGCUUCAUCCCCCGCUUCAUCCACAAGGGUUCCUCUAAAGCGUUUUGUCUGUUGUAUCCUACACUUGCCCGCACCCGCUCCUGCACCGGUUGUAAACAGCCACUAAUCUCAACUAAGUUUAUGAUAAGAAGUUGGGCCCAAGGGAAUACCUUUAAGUUUGUAAUGCUGCAAAGCACUAAGGGGUGUGCUAGAUCUGUAAUGUGACACCCUUGAUUGGUCUAAUGAGAUCAAGUUCUUUCAAUGAGUUGGCGCGACUUGCGCCCAUCCCCAGUGGGAGUUUACAGAUGUUUAUUUAGACCAAGACUACCUGGUCUAGCAUCUGUGUUUGUUUGGGGAAGAUGACCAGAUUUUCUCCGUUACGACAUGGUGCCACCAAGCGGUGGGAUGAUUGUGGGACACGCCGGCGAGGGCUGGUUUUCCUUGUCAUCCUCCUGGGAUCCCUGAUGCCAUGUCUCUUCCUGCAGCAGUCUUUCAGGCUUUCUCUCAGCAGGGAAGAUGCACAAAUGUCACAUCGACACUGGCUGACCAGUGAGCAGCUACAAGUGCUUAAUGUUUUUCUGGAAGGUGCCGCCUCGCAGAAUAAAGAGGUUGCAAUCGUGUUGGCUGGAAAGAGUGAUUACCUGGUGGAAGAGUACGACCUCUUGGCAAACUUUUUCUACUUUGCAAAAGAUGCGGCGUUCGUUGAGAAUCUGCUCCUGGUGGCGCUUGACUCUGCAACAGCAUCAAAAGCUGCGGAAAUUGGUUACGGCUAUGUGUAUCCGUUCUUUAACGGAAGUGUCCCACGCACCGAGGCCAAGUAUCAGCUGCUGACAGAAGCUGUUGAUCUGGGGUACACGGUUGUCUUCUCUUCGCUUGAGAUGGUCUGGCUGCGGAAGCCCUGGGAUGCGCUUGGGGCGGGGCAAAGCUUGCAGUUGAUACAGCAGAGGCCAGCAGCUGUGGCUGUACCAGGGGGCCCCUUGAAAAGCACGAGAAAGUUGCAGGAGUCAGGUAGGGGAGGGAGCAGGAGGAGGUUGCAAGAGGGGGAUCAACUAGGGGCGGGCACGUCGGUGGCCUUUCUGCGGCCGUCCAAAAACACGCUCGCGUUUCUGAGGACAAUGGCGGAGGCGGUGACCUCGUACCCGGGGGUCAAGGAAGAGGAGGUGCUGAAUGCUGUGCUGAAGCUUGCAGACGGUGGGGGAAGCGACCCGCUCCCGGGCAAAGUUUCGCUUGGAGGGGGGUUGACAUGGGAGUCCAUCAAUCGAGGGCGGUUCUGGGAUGGCCUUGCGGAGGUGCAGCCAGAACCCCCCACUGGGGGCGAUUUUUUGGCAGGCGCGUUUGACGUCUCGGGGGGGUCGUUCUCCCCCCGAAAUGUCAGGUACCGGUUCCGGGAGGCGAGGUUGUGGUCCGCCGACAGAGCGCUGGUGACAUGUCUUCGAAGCCAGGGGGCGCAGCUACAGCAGAUGGCGGAGCAGGGGGGGAAACAGCAGAGGCGCAGGCGGAGGGGGCUGAAAGCCGAGGGGGGCGCGUGCAACGGGGGCCGGGGGUUCAUGUAUUAUUUUGAGGAGUUGGAGCACAACGGGCUGAACAACCAGCGGCAGGAGCUGCGGACGGCGCUUGCGAUGGCCGAGUAUAUGGGGCGCACGCUUGUCCUACCGAGGUUCUACCGGGAGCAUAAGCAAGCGACGCCGGUGCUGCUGGACUACUUCUUUGAUUAUGAUGGGUUUGAGGCGGAGUUCCCGGACACGCUUCCCGGGAGCAUGCUGGAGGUGCUGUUCCCGGACUGGGAGAAGCUCCCCAUUCAAAACAUCGACAUCAGCACCGACCCGAAGCCGCCUCCGGAUGCGCCAUGGUUGGGACGACUGAAAAACUUCAAGGCCUCUCGGUACCACUUCGGCGCGACCGAAGAGGAGGUCACGGAGUGGUUCGGCAGCAAUUCGGACCCUCUCCUCGUCUUCUAUUCGGCCUUCCGCCGGUUCGGACAGUUCAAAGACGCGGCAAAGCAGCUCGCAUUCGAUCAGAGGGUUUACAGGGGAUUGGCGCCGCAUCCGGUUACGGCCGCUUUGCGGAAUCAGACAGUCGAUGCGUUAAGAGAGAUGACUCCGAGUAACACGUACAACUGCUUCCAUCUACGUCGGGGCGACACGUUCCUGACGCUGCACCCAAAGUACGAAAAGUCGAUGGAGGAGAUCGUGGACCUGCUCAAGGUGUACCUGCCCCCCGAGGAAGUGCUGUACAUCAGUACAGAUGCCUCCAUUGAGGAGACCCGGGUGCUCUUCAGCCACGGCGGGUACAAGGAGGUGCACUUCCUGGGGGACUUCUUCCCCGCCUGGGGCUGGAAUCACGUGACCAACGAGAACGGGGAGGAAACGAUGCGGCUCGGGCAGAUUGACCAGGCCGUCUGCUCUCAGGGGAGGCUGUUCGUCGGCAAUCUGUGGUCAACCUUCACGUUGCACAUCGGCUUCAUCAGGCGGAUGAACGGGGCCGAGCAAGUCUGUCAAGACAUCUACGCCCGGGAAGAGGAGGUUGGGCCCGAUUUCGUGUUCUAUUAGUUCCAGACCUUCAUGGAUAUGGCACUUCUCAGAAGAAGAUAGGUAAGAGUUCCAGUCCGCCUAGUCAGCACAUGGGAGGAACCCCGGUGGGCCUAUCGCAUCUUCUGCGCAGACCUAGGCUCGCAACCUCUAGCCGGCCUCGAAGGUCAGCCAAAGCAGGUAGAAAUGUCAGUCAGAUCCGUAUAUUCGAACGACACUUGGAAGGGUCUCGUUGCACGGCGUUGACACUGUACUGUCGUUACGGCACGGAUUUAGCAUGACUGUAAGCUUUAUUAAGCCUAAUCUAAGUUGAGAGCUAGAGUCGUUACAUCUACCGUACUUGUUGAGCAAUCGCACGCACACGCCGACCUAGGUCCUCGAACAUGUAACGUGUCUUCUUUUCUCACAUUUCCUGAGAACGAAACCUCUAUAGAACGUGAUUGAAUACAUGCUUGUUGCAACCUGACAACUGGGCAC